CCCACUCCCAGCAACCCCCCCUUGCAGCUGUAGAAUUGCAUCAAAUCGUCGAAAUGGCACCCAAGGCAGCUCAAAAGACUCCCUCCACCGGCGGCAAGGCCCCGGCUGGCAAGGCGCCCGCGGAGAAGAAGGAGAAGCGCACCAAGACCCGAAAGGAGACCUAUAGCUCCUACAUCUACAAAGUCUUGAAGCAGGUUCACCCCGACACUGGUAUCUCAAACCGUGCCAUGUCCAUCCUGAACUCCUUCGUCAAUGACAUCUUUGAGCGCGUCGCUACCGAGGCAUCCAAGCUCGCCGCCUACAACAAGAAGUCCACCAUCUCCUCCCGCGAGAUCCAAACCUCCGUCCGUCUGAUCCUGCCGGGCGAGUUGGCCAAGCACGCUGUGUCCGAGGGCACCAAGGCUGUCACCAAGUACUCCUCCGCUUCCAAAUAAGCCGUCAUCACACGACGGUCUCUUCGGGGUUUGGUUCUUUCUUUGCGCGCGAUGGAGUGAUGAGAUGGCGAUUCCGCUUAUGGGUUUGGAAUCGGAAAUUUUCGUGGUUCAUGAUGAACUGCCACGGUUUCGGGAAACGGUGUUACACGGGUCUAUUCUUUUCUUUUUCCAUUAAUGCCUCUCAUGGGAUGGUCUGCGUCGAAUCCAGUCAUCAAUCAG